AAUACUUUAAGACGGCUACACUUUUUUCCGCCAAACAAAAAAAAGGUUAACUUUUAUUUUUUUGCAUAAAAAUAGUGAGAAUUAAGUAAUGGGAAAACGGCGGACGCAAUCACAGAUCGAUUCGAACUCUAGCGAUAGUGAUAGCGAAUCGGACACCAACCUGGAGUCGGACCUCCUGUCGUUGGCUAAGAAGCGCAAGAAGCCGCAAAAUGCCAGCAAGGCGAGCUCCCUAUCCGACUCGGACUCGGACUGGGCAAACAACAAAUCUGGAGCGCCUGCCACGAAGAAGAAGAAGCGUCCGAAGAAGGCCAGCAGGGACUCGAGUUCAUCGGAGUCCAACUGGGACGAUGAGAGCCAGGAUGAAGUGCAGCCUGUGCCGGCUGUGGAAAAGAAGCCCGAGGAGCCUCCAAAGCCGGGCAACGUCAGCGAGCACGAGGAGGGCGAAGUCUCCGACAGCGACUCGGACAAUUCGAAAUCAAACUCCUCAUCUGGCUCCGACUCAUCCAGCUCGUCCUCGUCCGGCUCCGACGCAGAGUUCGAUGACGGCUUCGACGACGACAUGAUGGGCGACGAGGAGGAUCGCAAGCGUCUGAAUGAUCUGUCGGAAAAGGAGCGCGAAACGGAGAUCUUUAAGCGCAUCGAGCAGCGGGAAAUCAGGCGAACCCGCUGGGAGAUCGAGAGAAAGCUGAAGCUGGCCCGGCGCGGUGAACGGAACGAAAAGUCACGUUCAAAGGGCGAGCGGGCCAAAAAGAAGAAGGAGAAGAAGGCCAAAAAAAGCAAGGAACUACCCCCGUCUCUGCCACCGCCAUCGAACUCUGUGCUAUCCGAACUGGAAUCAAAACCAAUCAGCGAGGUGGGCAGCAAGAGUCCGAUCCCUCUAUCUUCCAGUCGGGACGUGGCCUCAACUUCGGCGGCCGUGGCCAGCAUACUCAACGACCGAGGAUCCGACGAUCAGGCUGGCGCCGGUAUGGGCGACUAUUUUGAUCACAAGGAACGGUCCAAGGAGCGAAAGAAGAAUGUGGAGGCCAACAAAACCGAUGACAAGCGAAGCAAUGCCAUGGCCCUACUGAAGGCCAAGCGAGAGGGCAAGGCCAAGCGAGAGGAGGAGGAAGCGAAGCGGCAAGCCGACCGCGAACGCGACGACAAAGAGGAACUUGAGAGCGUUUCGGGCUGUAAGUCGGCUGUGAAGCUGAAAGCCUCAGAGAUCUAUUCGGACGACUCGGGCAGCAGUGACUGGGACGAGGAUGAGAAGCCAACGGGCAAACGGUCACGUUCGAUUAGCAGCAAGGCUUCCAGCGAGUCUGAGGAUGAUGACAAAACCACCAAGAGUCCAGUGUUCAUAUCGAACCGAGAGGAUUUGAACAAACUGCGCCUGUCGCGCCACAAGAUGGAGCGUUUCGUCAAUUUGCCGAUCUUCGAGAGCACCGUGCUGAACUGCUUUGUGAGGAUAAGCAUUGGCAACAAUGGCCAGAAGCCGGUCUAUAUAGUCGCUGAGAUAGUCGGCGUGGUGGAGACGGGCAAGAUCUAUAGCCUAGGCACCACGAGAACCAAUCGGGGUCUGCGCCUGAAGCACGGCACUCAGGAGCGCGUCUUCCGGCUGGAGUUCAUCUCCAAUCAGGAGUUCACCGAGAACGAGUUCAACAAAUGGCAGGAAAGCUGCCAGAAGGCGCACGUCCAGGCGCCCGCCAUGGAACUCAUCGAAAUAAAGGCGAACGAUAUCAAGAAGGCCCUGAACUACGAGUACAAGGACGAGGAUGUGGACAAAAUUGUGGAGGAAAAGAAUCGCUUCCGCAACCGUCCCACCAACUAUGCCAUGAAGAAGACCUGUCUGAUGAAGGAGCGCGAUGCUGCCAUGCUUCGCGGUGACUACGACAUUGCCCAGGAUCUGAGCACGCAGAUCGAUGAGCUGGAGAACAGAGCCUCUGAGCUGGACAAGCGAAGAUCGCACACACUGAAUCUGAUUUCGUACAUAAAUGACCGCAACCGCAAGAAGAACGUUCAAGAUGCCGAAAAGGCCAUUAUGGAGGAGGCGCGCGCCAACAAGGGCCAGAAGAUAUCAGAUCCAUUCACGCGACGCAUCACACAGCCACGCAUGGGUUUCAAGGGUACCAAGAAGGACGAUGAGGACACACAGCUCGCACCACUGCCUCCGCCACCGCCUGGCAAGAAAAGGCCAAACGAGGCCGGCUCCUCAAAUGCCAACGCGAAGCCCACAGACGCCAAGGACUUUAGCCUGUACUCGCUGCACGACUUCGACAUAGACCUGGAUGUGCCUCUGCCGGUUAACAGCACGAAUUCGGUGCCAAAGCCAGCGAAUAAGCCAGCCGAAACCGUCUCCAAGCGAUCGCUUAAUCUGGAGGACUACAAGAAGAAGCGCGGCCUCAUCUAGGGCUACAGACUCGACCCCCAAAUUAACAAAGCUCUUGCGUUUUUGCAUCCUAGUUAGUUAUACAGUAGUUAUACAGUGCAUAAAUCGACUAAAGUGACAUUUUGUUAAUAGUCCGACAAACGAAGAAAAACUAAAGUUAAUUAACGAAUACCAAUUCGUGGCCGUUUCUGUGUUGUAUUAGAGAUAGACAGGACACACACAUACACACACUGUUGCUGGCAAGAGGAUGAUUCGGGGAUAUUUCAAUUGUUAUCAUUUUGACCCAUUAUAUUAACAUUAAUUCUCCAUUAUUUUUUUUUUGUUUAUCUGUGUGAUGCUUAGACAAAUGUACAAUGCAAAAUGAAAAACCACACCCCGCUGCAAGAGCAAAACAUAUUACGAAUUAAAUAUCGUAUGCCAACCAACUGCUAACUGCUUAUGUCUCAAUUUCACUAGUACUUAAGUUGCAAAUUGUAUUAUAUGUAGCUGCCACCGCUUACGACCCGAUAAUCAUCCUCCAUGCAAUGGUUAAUAAAUUUUUACGAUACGACGAUGAUAAUUUAUAUAGAAUUAGUUAACAGCAACCACUCAGGCAUAUGGCGAGGGCUAAUGAGAUUCCAGGGACAAAUAUAACAGGCUGAUUUAAUUGGAUAUAUGUAUGCGGAACGGGGCAUAAUUAUCCUUUGGUUGUAAUCGUUCAAUGCUGUAUUAGUUUAAGUUCAUCAAUGUUAGCAGCAUGUCCACUAUUAUACACAUAUACAAAAAUAAUUAUAAUAAUACAAGAAAAUAAACUAAAUAUUAUACUAUUUAAA